AUGCCCCGGGAAUUUUAAAAAUCCCCUUCCUGUUUGCUCAGCCAGGUGUGGAGUGCAAUCAAUCAUUCAAUCAAUCAGCGACCAUGCCUCCAAGCCCCAAACAAGCCCCAGCAUGGAACAAUUCAGAGCUGCAGGACCUCAUCAGUGUUUGGGGUGAGGAGGCUGUGCAAGCACAGCUGCGCUCCAGAAGGAGAAAUUAUGAUACCUAUGGGCAGAUAUCGCAGUCCUUGCUGACAAGGGGCCAUGAACGGGACGCGUUGCAGUGCAGGGUCAAAAUAAAAGAGCUGAGGAGUGCUUACUGCAAAGCCCGUGAGGGAAAUCGCCACUCAGGAGCUGCCCCCACAACCUGCCGUUUUUACAAGGAGCUAGAUGCCAUACUUGGGUGUGACCCCACUGCCAAUCCGAGGACCACGAUGGAGAGUUCAGAGCAGGGAGAAGUGGGGGAGGGUGUAGAGGAAGCCGACAGUGAGGCUACUGGGGUGGAGGGAGACACCCCGGAGUCCCAGGAGGCAUGCAGCCAGGAGCUCUUCUCAAGCCAGGAGGAGGCUAGCCAGUCGCAGCAGCAGGAAGUUGCUGGUGAGGAAGAAACUGAGGAGCGUGCUCGGGUGACCUUGACUAAUGCAGCCGGAUCACCUGUCUCACGUCGAUUGCAGAACUUGAGAAGAAAUCCCAGAAAAUCAAAAGAAGAAUUGAUCAAAUCAGUUAUGAAUCACUACAACAGAGAAAGUAGGAAGACACAUGAAUGGAGAGAGAAAAUGUAUGAAUGGAGAGAGAAAAUGCAUGAGUGGAGGCAAACAGAAAGCAGGAGAAAGGAAUUGGCUAGCAAAAAAACCUCAGAGCAGAUGAUAAGCCUCCUGGCUCGCCAAACUGAGUCUUUCGAGUCUCUCUGAGCCAUGCAGGCAGAUAUGUACCGUGGUAACCCACAGCCCUCCCAAAGCUCUCUUUCUUGUUCCCCAGUAUUUGCACAAAACACCAAUCUCCAGCAGCCAGUUUCUUAUUACCCCCAUCUGCCCCCAACACCUGUACGAUCACCUACCAGCCCUGAUAACUAUAAUUCUUACCCUGUGCACUCCACCCCCAUUA